CGUAGUUGGAAGCCCUUUUGUAGCGUAGCUCGGUGGCCGACCCUCAUGUCUACGUGCAGACGCAAAGAAGAUCCAAAAAAUUGUAGCGUAAGCGCCAAACCCUUCCUUCUCUCUCCUCACAUCCAACGGCGCACUAAAAUCCUCAGCCACCCCUUCCGAUCUCCACCGUUGCUUGCUUUAUUUUCUUCAUAAUUUUAGGCUUUUGUCCCUUCCUUAGCUUAGGUGUAGUUUUGUUGUUGAUUUUUAAGUUGCUGGUUGUUUAGGUUAGGCCUCCUCCCUCCUCCUCAACUCUCUCUUUCUCUCUCUCUCUCUCUGUGCAAAAAUAUUUCCCUCAAACUUCUCUCAUCAUCAUCAUUGGAGGAAUCCAAAUUUUACAAUGGGCACAAUGCUGGUUCCUCCGUGGCUGGAGCGGCUCCUCAACACCUCAUUCUUCAACAUCUGCCGCACCCACGGCGACGCCGCCCGCAGCGAAUGCAACAUGUAUUGCUUGGACUGCAAUGCCGACGCCUUCUGCUUCUACUGCCGCUCCUCCAAACACAAAGACCAUCAAGUAAUUCAGAUACGGCGAUCUUCGUACCAUGAUGUGGUGAGGGUUUCGGAGAUUCAGAAGGUUUUGGACAUAAGCGGAGUUCAGACAUAUGUAAUAAACAGCGCGAGGGUUUUGUUUCUGAACGAGAGACCUCAGCCCAAAGGCGGGAAGGCCGUGUCUCAUGUCUGCGAAAUCUGUGGGAGAAGCCUCUUGGACACAUUCCGCUUCUGUUCUUUGGGAUGCAAGGUUGUAGGGAUAAAGGGCAAUGGGGAUGCAAGCUUUAUUGAAGCGGCAUCAUCAUCAAGAAGAGGAGGAGGAAAUUACAUGAUGUCGUCAUCAUCAUCAAGGGAUCAAGAGGAGGAAUUGCGUGACGGCUCACAACAAGACAUAUACCCGCCCACGCCCCCUCCACCUCCUUCAAGUUCAAGAUCAAGAAGAAAAGGCAUUCCGCAAAGGGCACCUUUUAGGUCAUAAUUCUUUCUUUUUUUUUUAAUUAAUUAAAAUAUAGUUUUCUUCACCUUAAAUUAAAUUUUAAUUAAAACAAAUUACUCCUAAACCCACUUUAUACAACUCACAUUUUGGGGUCCUUGUCCCCCAAAAAAAGUAAUUGUAGGUAGCUCAAAUUUUAAUUCAAAUUUGGGGAUUCUUUCUUUCUUUCCUUGGUUUUUAGGGUGGGUGGGGGGGUGGGUAGGGGUCCCAACUCAAAACAAAAAACAAAAUCUGUUGAGGAUAGAGAGGAUCAAUAAUGCAAAAGAAUUGUUAUUGAAAUUUGUUUGCAAGGGUGUACAAUAUUGUAAUUAAUUAAUUAAUAGAAAUUUAUAAAAGUAAAGUUGGCCACUUCUUGUUGAGUCCGUCCCGUUUCAUAGUUUUCAUGGGGCCAUCAACCCACAUGCUCCGUUUACAUAAAGAACAACACCUUUAAUUUAAUUUGUUUAUUAACAUUAUAACAUGCAAUGAGGCAAAUCACCUUUCUUUCAUUGUUACUCGGUUUGGAUAUUCUCUCUCUUUUAAUUAAUUUGCCCUUUUCUUCAUCUCUCAACCUAAACAAAAUUAAUCAGAUGCGGAUGCAAUUGCGAAGCUUUGUUUGUGGCUGUAGUUAAAUCCUAUUUUCAGCCGAACAAUUAGGCAAAGUGUAACGAAUAUUCAGGUUCUGUCACUUUUUUGAUAGAAAUUGAUUUAUACUCCA